AUGGCGCGCAACGAGGAGAAGGCGCAGUCGCUGCUGAACCGAUGGACGAGCAUGAAGCAGGACUUUGCCGACACGUUCAAAAAUCGACGGCCGUAUCUCGCGUCUCAAUGCGACAAUCUGAAAGACGCCGAGCGCUGGCGACGGCAGAUCGUCCGUGAGAUUGCCAAGAAAGUUGCAGAUAUACAGAACGCCGGCUCGAGCGAGCACGUGGUGCGUGACCUCAACGACGAGAUCAAUAAGCGCAUCCGAGAGAAGCGGCACUGGGAGCGGCGGAUCGUGCAGCUGGGCGGAUCGGACUAUUCGCGCACGCAGCCGCAGGCCUACGAUGCAGACGGCGUCGCGGUGAGUGGAGCGCGAGGCUACAAGUACUUUGGCGCGGCAAAGAAUCUCCCGGGCGUGCGCGAGCUCUUCCAGAAAGAAAAGUGUGAGUCUCGCAAACGUACGCGUCAAGACAUGUACAAGAACAUUGGCCCCGACUACUACGGCUUUCGCGACGACGAGGACGAACUGCAGCUCAAGGAGGAGGAAGAAGCGGAAAGGAGGCUGCGCCAGCGCGCCAUGGCGGACUGGGACGCUACUGAGGCGAAGCGUAAGGCGCAGGUCGCUGAAUUGGGAAUACGGGCGACGUCGUAG